CGCGGCCAUCCUCUCCCAAACACCUGCCAUUGCGGCACGCAACCCAACAACCCAACAAGCGCCGUGCCACGCCACGCCACGCCACCCGCUGUGCACAUCAUUCGCAGCAGCCACAAGCGCCAGCCACAAGCGACGAUCGAGCUGACUGUUCACCAUGGAGGAAGGMUCGGUCGACCCCGCCGCCUCUGCUUUCGGCGGUCCACCGGUGGACGAGGGCAGCASCACCACCGCCUCUGCCGCGAUCGGCCCCGUCCGCCGCAAGAUCCGGUCGUUCACCCUCACCCUGGAGCCCCUCCCGAACGGCCUGACGGACGCCGAGGCCGUCCGCGUCCGGAACGCGAUCGAAUCCGUCCUGCAGGCCUAUCUCUUUGAGGUCCAGCCGUGGGCGAUCUACGACGGCAACGACGACGACGCGGCCAGCAACGACCCGGACGGAAGCUACUCCGUGGUGGGAUCGUCCUACGCUGACUCGAUCCGGGAUUCCGGUGCCGGUCGGAACCCAUGGGACCCGAGGGCUACCGACGGUGCCGUGACCUACGUCGGGCUGGUCCUCGAGGACAAGAGGACCGAAACGGCGGUGGCGACGGAGCUGACGAUGACCGGCCUGGUCUAUUUUGCGGAGGGAUCCAGGAACCCGCCCGACGAAAACGAGCUCCUGGAAACCCUCACGACGGAGGAGUCCGCUCUGGGAAACCCGGACCGCGUGGUGGAGGCCCUGAGGGACUCCUUUCCCUCGCUGGAGCUCGUGACGGUCGAGACGGAAGCCUCGGAACCCGUCCUGCUCCAACCGAUCGCCACCGGGGAAACCCCGGGGGCGGUUCCCGAGACGGAGAUCGAGGCCGGGCCCGAAGGGGUGUCCCCGGCCACGCCCGCUCCCGAGCCGCCGGAACAGGCCUCCAACCAGGUGCUGGCGGCGACGGGGGACCACCAAAACCCGGUUCCCUUUGGAACGGGGAGGACCGCGGCCCUGGCGGGGGGGAUCGGCGCCGCGGUGGUCUUUUUCGGCCUCCUUGUCGCGGGCUUUGUCCUGCGGAGGAAGCGGCGCACACCCAAAAGCGCCGGCAGGGGAGACUUUCUGGUGGGGCUGUCGUCGGACUCGGCGAGCCUGGCCUUUGGGAGCCUGUCCCGAGACGACUGGGAGCUCGUCCACGGCAGGGGCAUUCGCAGCACCGGCAACAGCGAUGGCAACCACCGCCAAAGCAGCGACAAACCCGAUGCCGGGCUGGCGCCGCCGUCCUCCCGGGACGGAAUCAGGGGUGGUCCGGUGGCCGUGCCCAUCGGCCACAACCACCACCACAACAACUCUCAACACUACUACGACAACCACCCACGCAGCGUGUAUGACUUUUCGGACAGGGACGGAACCGUGUCGGACUUUAGCGACGUCGUGAGCAUCCAGCCCCACCUGGCCUCGCUGCAGUCUCCCGAAUCCUUCGAGGAACAACACAAGGGCAUGCUGCACCAGGACCUCGUUGUUCAGAAGGACCAACUAGAAUCCACCUUUGAGCGACGAACGAGCGGGCCCGGGCCCACGCUUCCUCCUCCACCAAACAACAGCAGCGGCAACAGCAACAGCAACAGCAGCAAUCACCAGAACAAUCCGAGUGUUUUGAUGGCGAUCACCAACCCACCCACCGGUGUCAGCGCCGCGAGCAACCUUUCCUAUUCGGAUUCUUCCGUCUCGUCUCGGGAACAGCACUCCGGACACGGCUUGCCAUCGAGCCGUGCGGCGGGGGAGGAAGACCGCGACCACGGGGAAGACCGGGGGUUGCGGUACUCCGUGACGAUGCCCAACCCGUACUUCCGCCGAACGAGCUACCCCGGUAGGGCACCCGUGGAAGACCGGUCGUCGCACAGCGUCCUUUUGGCCACGGACACCUCGGCGGCCGGCCUGGCACGCCGGAGGCACAGCACCAGCGGAGCCGUGGACAUGGUCCCAAAGACGUCCGUUCCCGCCGGCUCCUUCCGGAAAGGCAAGGCCGGAAGGAGGAGGAGGAGAAGCGGAUCGUUGGGGGCGGCACCGAAGGACCGCAGGACGAGCGCCGCCGCGGCCGCCGAGGUUUACAGCGACGGCGACGACGACGACGACGACUACCUCGCCUAUUCCGGAGACGAGGAAAACACCUUUGGGGUUCCGGGAUCGGACGGGUGGGACCCCGCCGAUACCGAGCUCAGUUCGAUGGGCGACCCACCGACGCAGGAGGACAUCCAGAUGGUCCUCUUCGAUCCCAGGGUGGGAAACGCGCGGGGGCAAUCCUUGCUGAACGAUUCCGUCCGGAGGGAAUCCGCGAAGCUCCGGCGAAAGCGGCUGUCCCCCACCGAGGCCGCCGCGGGAAAGGGAUUCGGGAACCACAACCAGUACGCACUCGACCGUCAAUCCUCCUACUCCUCCACCGACGACGACGUCGUCGACAUUGAGAGCAACCCUGUUUUGAGGCUGGAUAGGUCGUCGGACAUGGAAAUAUAACACCUGUUUGGCAUGCUGCCGCAAAGCCAACGAAACGAAACGAAGCGACCGACGAACAAGGUGGCCGAUGGAAGUCGUGGCACCGCAUGCCUCGCGAUCGACGCAAGCUCCUUACGGUACGAGCCGAGUUGCGAACGGAAACACUAGAGAAAGUCUGCAACCAAAGCAAGCCAACACAAAGGAAACCCAACGACGAAUCUAUGAAAAAGAAGCAAGAAAGCCCAAACACCAAUCAUAUCACCUAGCCAUUGUGUGCCACGUGCAUUGAUGUUUCAACAAGACACCAUGGUAUCAUAAUGUGUCUCUCAAUAUCAAUUUAUAAUUGUUUCGAAAAUUCUCUGAACAGCC